GAGAAAAUGGCAGCCGUCUCCACGGCGGAGACGACAGGGCGGGCUUAGGGAGUCGGGACUAGCCCGCGCGCGUCCACCCUCACGCUCCAGUGGCCGCUAGUGUGUUGCCGGCGUGUCCGUCUCGCCCUGCAGUACCGAGGCUGCCGCGGAACCAUGGUUGUGCUCGUGCUCCUGUCCCUGGUGGUGACGGGUGUUUUGGGGGAUGAGUUUAGUAUAUUAAGAUCACCAGGGUCUGUUGUUUUCCGAGAUGGAAAUUGGCCCAUACCUGGAGAGCGAAUCCCGGAUGUGGCUGCAUUGUCCAUGGGCUUCUCUGUGAAAGAAGAUCUUUCUUGGCCUGGACUUGCAGUGGGUAACCUAUUCCAUCGUCCUCGAGCUACUGUUAUGGUGAUGGUGAAGGGAGUGGACAAGCUGGCUCUACCCCCAGGUAGUGUCAUCUCAUACCCUUUGGAGAACGCAGUUCCUUUUAGUCUUGACAGCGUUGCAAAUUCCAUUCAUUCCCUAUUUUCGGAAGAAACUCCUGUAGUUUUGCAGUUGGCUCCCAGUGAGGAAAGAGUGUAUAUGGUGGGGAAGGCAAACUCUGUUUUCGAAGAACUUUCAGUAACGUUACGACAGCUCCAUAAUCGCCUGUUUCAAGAAAACUCUGUUCUCAAUUCACUUCCCCUCAAUUCUCUGAGCAGGAACAAUGAAGUUGACCUACUCUUUCUUUCUGAACUGCAAGUGCUGCACGAUAUUUCAAGUUUGUUGUCUCGACAUAAGCAUCUAGCCAAGGAUCAUUCUCCUGAUUUAUAUUCACUGGAGCUGGCAGGCUUGGAUGAAAUUGGGAAACGUUACGGGGAAGACUCUGAACAGUUCAGAGAUGCUUCUAAGAUUCUUGUUGAUGCACUGCAAAAGUUUGCAGAUGACAUGUACAAUCUUUAUGGUGGGAAUGCAGUGAUAGAAUUAGUGACUAUCAAGUCAUUUGACACGGCCCUUGUGAGGAAGAUGAGGACUAUCCUUGAGGCAAAACCAACGAGCAACCCAGCAAGUCCCUAUAACCUUGCAUAUAAGUAUAAUUUUGAAUAUUCAGUGGUUUUCAACAUGGUACUUUGGAUAAUGAUCGCCUUGGCCUUGGCUGUGAUUAUUACCUCUUACAAUAUUUGGAACAUGGAUCCUGGAUAUGAUAGUAUCAUUUAUAGGAUGACAAACCAGAAGAUUCGAAUGGAUUGAACUUUCCUUAUGCUAGACUUAGAAAACGGGUUUGGAAAUUAACUGUUUUGUUAAAAUAAAUCUUUUAGUGUGGUUUAAAGUAGUUAGUGUAGUGUACUAUAAAUUUACAAGAACAAACAAAUUUUGUUCUCUAUUUUGUGUGUGCCUGUGGCUUUUUUUAGAGUGAAUUAUAGUAUUAAUGUGAAUCAAAUUAUGUGAUAUAGAGUCCAAAUAUGCUCAAAUAUAAUAUAACCAUUAAUAAUAUAAUUUCAUUCCAUUUAAUAUUUGGAAAUAUGCACUGAAAUAAAUGUAAACCAUUUAGAAUGGCUCAUGUUAUUUAUGUUGGAAAAAUGCACUGAAUUUACUAGAGAAACUUAGUGACUGCUUAACUUCCUUAACAAGGGAUUGGUGAAAAUCCUAUUUGGACUGCUGUAUACUGUGAAGCAUUUGUAAGUGUCUUAAUUUGAUGUAAAUAUGUCUUGAAAUGAGAGGAAAGGUUUUUAACCUAGAGCAGCCCUAAAAUAUGGAUGUGCUUACACAAUCGCUUAGUUUUGGAACUGUAUUCUGAUUGACAGAGGAUGGCGAUUAACUCUGCUGCAAGUUUGGUGAUCCAUAUGGUCUGGUGUGGAUUUUAAAAAUGCUACAUUGAUCUAAAAAGAAACUAGCAUUGUGAAGGUAUUGAUGCUUGUAAUUAUACAUACAAAAACAAAUCUUGGGGGGACAUUUUGGGACAUGACUAUAAAAUAUUUUUAUUUCAUUAACUUUUCCCCCUGUGUACGUUUCCAUGGUUUGUGGUACAGCUUCAUUCUAUAGAAUAUUAAGUGGAAGUGGACCAAUGUCUAUAAAGAAUGACAAAUAAAGUUAAUGAUUCUGUAUU